AGGUUAUACCAGAUCCCCUUCGAGAUGCCGGACUGCGGAGAGGAGCCGGAGACCCACACCCUGCACCUCAUCGGCGACUUCUCCGCUCCUGCCGAAUUUUUCGUGACCCUGGGGGUCUUCUCCUUCCUCUACGCCAUGGCGGCUCUGGUGCUUUACCUGCGCUUUCAUUCCAUCUACGGCGAAAAUAAGAAGCUCCCCUUCGUGGAUUUCUGCAUCACCGUCUGCUUCGCCUUCUUCUGGCUGGUGGCGGCGGCAGCGUGGGGCAAGGGGUUCGUGAAGCCGGCACCGCGGCCCGCCAGCCUCAGCGCCGCCAUGGGGGUCUGCCAGGGCCAGGAGGUGGUCUGCAACGCCGGCGCCACGCCGGCCAUGGGGCUGGCCAACAUCUCCGUGGUGAGAGCCGGGCGGCAGCACACGCGUGCCCGGGGUAUAGGCACACACGCGUGGACGUAUUCGCGCCGGGGCGUGCGUACGGGCAUGCCCGUAUGGGCACAUAUAUUUAUUUAUUUGCCUGGGUGUGGGAUUUACGGUGCUUCAAGCAGAGCUCAGCGGCUCCCAGCCCUUGCGGGGGCACACGGGGGGCUCUACGUGUAA